AUGGCAGCUGUCGCAGGAGACGUUGACGUAGUUUCGACCAGCUAUAGCUACCAGGAAUACACGAAGGUAAAGUGUUUGCAUACUUGGGUGAUCAAAGACUUUAGUUUAAUUUCUGACGCCGCAGACCACUACAUUAACAGCGGAAGGUUCUUCAAAGGCGAUAUCAGUUCGCGUCUGUGGAGCAUGUCAUUGUAUCCGGCUUACACGCAGACGACGCAGAGUAGAUGCUUGAAAAUAGAAGUGAUGUAUUACGGAAGUGAUGCAGUCAAAGCAGCAUGCUGCGUAUGGGUAGUGAACAAAGACUGCUUGCAAGUAAGGAAACAAGCGACUGCAGCUCGAAUUUUUUCGCAGUACGGUACUUGGACCGCCGUUCUCGGGAACAGAAGCGAGUUCCUUGACGAUACUAGCUGUUUGUUGUCAGAUGGCGUUCUUACGCUGUGCUGUGAGUUAACGAUAUUAGACCUGCGUAAAUCGUCUGCGGUCUGCACCCUCGAAAACCCGCCUGAAGGACCAAGUUUUAUGGAUGACUUCGGUCGACUCUUCGAAGAUGACGACUACGCCGACGUGACCUUAAUUGCAGAAGGGAAGGAUUUUCGAGUGCACAAGAUCAUCCUGGCCAUGCGAUCCCCGGUUUUUGCCGCCAUGUUCAGAAACAACAUGAAGGAGAAGCAAGAGAACCGAGUACAUCUGGACGAUAUCUCUGCUGAAGCGUUGCAAGGAAUGAUAACUUUCAUCUACACGGAUACUGCGCCCAAUAUGGCCUCCUUGGCAGUCGAUCUUCUACGUGCUGCAGAAAAGUACGACCUGAAGCGUCUGAAGUCAAUGUGCGAGUACAGUCUCGCGUGCAGUCUCAGUGUGGAUACUGUCGUGGAAAUGCUUCGCCUAGCCAUAAAGUUGAACGCCGACCGACUGAGAGAUUUUGCCGUCUGCUACAUUAAAGCGCACGCCGUCGCAGUGGGAAAAACUGAUGCUUGGAAAGUGAUGGUUGAAGAGGAGCCUCGCCUUCUGGAACUGUUCACUACCGUCGGGAAGCAGACAACUGAAGUGCCACAAAACAAGUGA